AUGGCUGACGACGACCCCAAUCUAUCCCUCCCCACCACAGAUACCCUCACACCCACCUCGCACUUCUAUCCUUUUGCAAGCUCGCCCGACGUCAUCCGCUCCCACGAGAAGGAUGUCUUCCUCACCAGCGGCCUGAUUCAACAAGCCCAGAACAUUGUUCGGUCUCUCCGGGGCGCCCGGUUCGCACACACCCAUGCCGAUGCGAUAAAGCACCUGACGGAGCUGCUCUAUUUCUCCCUGACCACGGUCAUCGGCAACCGCACCCUGGGCGAGGAGUACUGUGACCUGGUCCAGCUCGAAGAUGACUCUCUUCGCCUACCAUCUAUCACCCGCCGCGUCGGCUACGUCCUCAGCAGCAUUCUAGUCCCGUGGACACUACAGCGCAUCCUCCCCGCAUUGCGGCACCGGCUACGCAACAAACUCGAGCGCAGCAUUGCUCGGCAGCAGCUCCGUGCGGCACAGCAAACAAGCCCCCUGCCGCAAAAAUCGUCUUCUAAAACCUCGACGUCGGGGUUUCGGUCCUUCUGGACCAAGCUGCGCAUCCAGCAGUAUCUCCUCGAACACGUCGACUCCAUCACAUCCCUCUCCCCCAUCUACGCCCUCAGCAUUGCCACAUUCUACUUCACCGGAUCUUAUUAUCAUCUCUCCAAGCGGCUUUGGCGGCUGCGCUACGUCUUCACCAAGAAGAUUGAAGACAACGAGCAGCGCAUCGGGUACGAGGUGCUGGGCGUGCUGCUAGCGCUACAGAUCGCCGUGCAAGGGUUCUUGCACGUCCGGAAACUGGGCCACAGCGUAAACGUCUCAGAAGAGGAGAAGAACACUGCCGAUUCACCAGGCGAGGCACGCUCAGAGACGGGCGCGCUGCUUGCCUCGAUCCAGCACCCGGCCGCCGUCCCCGUCCUCCCAGCCUCUGCGCCUCGCUAUGACUUGGAAGAGGAUCCUGGCGCCGUCUCGUGGAUCCCGGAUGGCCAGCAGCGCAAGUGCACGCUGUGCUUGGAGGUUUUCAAGGACCCGAGUGUGACCACCUGCGGCCACGUCUUUUGUUGGGUCUGUGUUCGGGACUGGGUCCGGGAGAAACCCGAAUGUCCACUUUGUCGACAGGAGGUUCUUUUGUCCAAAGUCCUUCCCUUGCGCGGGUAG